UGGGCCCAUGGGAUACGCCUAAUAACAAAAUGGCCUCCGCUGAAGAGGAUCCGAAUGGGAAUCAAGGAAAUUACCUCCAGUCCUCAGAUGACUUGGAAGAGCUCUCUAAAGACUCUCCUUUUGACGCCCUCCUGUACAAAAUCAGAGAGGGAGAGGAGAAAGAGAGAAUCACUGCUAUCAGACUUCUUCGUCAGACUAUUGAUCGUCACAAGGACAGCAUCAUCUCUUCUAGUGUUGUAUCUGAUCUUGUUGAUUGUAUGAAGCCUGAGGAAUCCACCGAUCUACAGUUUGAAGCUGGUUGGUUAUUAACUAAUAUUGCUAGUGGCACUCCUGAAGAGACUAAGAGUGUAGUGGAUGGUGGAGCUGUCCCAAGAUUUAUACAAUUAAUAGAAUCACCUUCGGAUAAUGUGCGAGAGCAGGUUAUUUGGGCGCUUGGUAAUAUUGUUGGUGAUGGUCCACAGUUUCGAGACAUUGCUUUAGAUUAUGGGAUAGUAUAUUCUCUCACUCCUAUUGUUGGUGAUACUGAACAUUGUUUAUCAGUUAGGAGACAAGCCUCCUGGGUAUUUUCCAAUCUCUGCAGGCACAAAGACCUUCAAAUAUCAACAGAAAUUUUUGAGGAUAUACUACCUGUAUUCUCUGAAUCAUUAAUUAAGGAGCAAGAUUCAACAUGCAUCAAGGAGUUGUGUUGGGGUGUGUCAUAUAUUACUGAUAACUGCAGUGAUGAGAGAUUGACAGUGAUACUCAAUACCUCUAUACUAUCAGACAUCAUGAGAUUAUUGAGAGAAAGAGUUGAUAAAGAUAUUAUUGUCCCAUGUGUUCGAGUCAUUGGUAACAUAUCAACCAGCACUGACUCACACACUCAAUGCAUCAUUGAUAAUGGAGGGCUACCUCUUCUCUCAAACCUUAUAUCACACGAAGCAAAUAAUGUAAGGAAGGAGGUCACUUGGACACUCUCUAACAUAACAGCUGGUACCCAAGAACAAAAACAAGCUGUCAUUGAUGAAGGGAUUAUUCCUAAAGUUCUUAAUAUAUUGAAUGGAGAUGCUGGGGUUCAAUUGAAGAAGGAAGCAGCCUGGGUCAUUAGCAAUCUCGUGAAUGAUUGCACUGUAGAGCAAGGAAGUUAUGUUGUAAGUCAUGGCGGAUUACAUGCCUUGGGGAAUUAUCUUAGUGUUGAAGAUGGGAAGAUGAAAGCCGUAGCCUUGGAAGGAAUUCAAGCAAUGUUACGUAUUGGAGACAGGAAGAAGGAUGAGGAGGAAUUAGAGAGUAAUCCUUAUCUUCCAUUGGUAGUUGAAAUAGAAGAUGACAUUAAGCAGCUAAUGGAUGGUGGUAAUCGUGAAGUGUCUGGAAUAGCUACUGGAAUAUAUUUAGAAUACUUUGAAGAACAGGAAGAUUCUGAAAAAUCUGAUAAUAUGAAUGACGAUAUUAAUAGUAACAUGUAAAAUACUAAUUAUUUAUUUAUGUGUUUUUAAUAAUGAUUAUUGUACUGUUGUUAAUGAUUACUGAAAAAGUA